GAUGAUGACCGGGAUCUUCAGUCUUCAUUUGCGUGUCUAGGCGUCAACACUUCCGUGGCUAAUCGUGCGUUCGCCAUGAGGCGGUUACUAUCGGUAUUUCUAGUUUUUGCAGUGGUUUUGAGAUCGACGGAGCCUCACGGGGGUAACUGGAGAAGAUACUCGUAUUGGCAUUCGGGACACUUUCACAGAGACUUUAAACUUUCAGUCAAAUCAUGCCGGCUCCUUAGUGAUCCUUCGAUCAGGGGAAGAUGCGUUCCAGUAGAGCAAUGUCAUCAAAUGUUUUCCAAUCUCGUCAGUCUGCAGUUUCAACCGGACUUCUCGUACAAAGACUAUCUGGACGAACGAAUUUGUGAUUAUGGUGCGAAUGAUGCCAUUCACAUAUGCUGUGCUGAUGAAUCCAGUAGGAGCUAUCAUAACUUUCGAAGACAACAGGCUCGAAGAUCUUGCCUCUCGUUCCGCAAUGUCCAGGGAAUGUGUACUCCCUUAGAAUCUUGUCCAUCAAUCUACAACUGUAGCAUGGAGUUGCAACGGAACUACAACCCAACGCUACAUCUUCACCUGACGCAGAGUUAUUGCUACCAGGAUAACGGGAAAGUCUAUGUGUGCUGUGACGACAAUGUGGCAACUCCAGUGAAACUGGCCAAGAAGCAAGGAUGGAGGAAGUGUGAAACUCCAUUUUUGGACGCAGGAAAGUGUGUUCCCGCGAGCCGAUGUGGUCUUAUCGGGGACAAAAAUGAUAUUCCUGAAGAGUUUCAAGCGUUUAUGGUGGGAUGUGCUAAACUUAGAAAUGUGAAUCAUAUGUGCUGUCCCACGGCAGAAAUUCAAUAUGACACUCAGUUGGGAAAACCAUGCGAAAAGAACGGCGGUAAAAUGGGUAUCUGUGUGGAGUUGGAUCGAUGUGAAGAUGCUUUGAAUGCCGGUGAUAGUGAAGAAUAUGUGGAGAAGAACUGGUGUUAUACGAAUUUGGAUCAAGUGGAAUAUGUUUGCUGUCCUGAAAGGAAAGUGUUGAAAAUUCCAAAGAAAACCUUCAAUGUCGAUACCCGUCUUGGGGAAGAUGCCCCUGUAUGCACCACUCCGAACAGCACCGCAGGACGCUGUGUAGCAUUAGCUGACUGUGCCCCUAUCGUGACCCUUCUUCGGGAAGCAGCGGCCGCCAAACGAGCCGUAACUCCUGCCCAGGCCACCUUUCUCCGCAGUAGCGUUUGUACGCCGGGAACUACUACGACCAGCACUUACUACGUAUGUUGCGAUGAGACAGCACUACAGCUGGAGACACCAUCUACAUCAACUGCCCCCACAGCUACAACAACAACUAACGUUGCAACUGAUAUUGCCAAUCAUCCCAACGCACGGUUGCUCAAUAUGCCCAGCUGUGGUAGAACCAACCUGGACGAUAAGAUUGCCUUUGGUGAACGAGCUCCAAUGUAUCAGUAUCCGUGGAUGGCGAUGCUGAUUUAUAGAUCAGCAUCCGGCCGGGAGGGUCCCGAGUGCGGAGGGACGGUCAUCAACAAUCGAUACAUCUUGACGGCAGCACACUGUAUUGAUGGUCAAAUUGAACGACUACUAUAUAUUCGCCUGGGGGAAUACGACACCCGAACGGAUCCGGAUUGCGACGAAUUCAUGGACUGUGCCCCUCCUUACCAGCAGUACAUGGUGGAGGAAUCUAUGUUCCACCCGAACUUCACGCGAGUGGUUCGAUCCGGAAACGACAUAGGACUGCUGCGAGUGAACCGGGUCAUCGAGUUCAACACCAACGACAUCAUGCCAAUAUGUUUGCCAAUCUCCAACUCGCUGAUUGGAUUUGAUCCGGCCCUGUUCUGGAUUACCGGUUGGGGACUGACCGAGCGUUUGGAGAACAGUCCCAUUUUGCUUCAAACCCGUAUUCCUUCGAUUCAGUGCAGUUUGAGUAACCGUUCGAUCUGUGCAGGGUUUGGCAAUGGUACACUUCACUGCCGGGGCGAUUCCGGUGGGCCAAUGAAAGUACAAGUUCCCGAAUUCAAAUUCCGUUAUGUUCAGUAUGGAAUCAUAUCGGCAGGUCCAGGGUGUGGGGUGCCAGGAACGCCAGGAGUCAGCACGAGGGUGUCAUUCUUUGUGCAAUGGAUAUUGGACAGCAUACGAGAGUAAUUAAUUAUGCGUUGGGAUAUUUGGUAAAUAAAAAUACUGUUUACUGAUAAUCAA